AUGAUGUUUGAGCUGUAUCCCGCGUCAACGUACGAUGCUUACCAAGACGCGUGCAAGGGUAUCGGCACAGACGAGCAAACCCUGAUCGAAGUACUGGGCUCCAUGUCCCUAGAAACGCGCAAUCUGAUUUUGCUGCGCUACAAAGAGUUACAUCAGCAACCGCUGAACGCUCUUUAUAAAAGCGAAAUAUCGGGUGGUUUUGGUCGCUUGCUUUGCAUGAUCUCCACGCCUCUGCCUGAAACAGAAGCGCAGAUUUUGCGUGACGCCGCGCAAGGUAUGGGAACAACUGAGAGUCUUAUCAUUCAGAUUUUGGCGGGCAGAACGAAUGAGGAGAUGAAUAUCUUAAAGCGCUCUUAUUUUAAUCUUAUGGGUAAGGACCUGGCUGUUGUGCUUGAUUCGGAGCUCAGCGGAGACUACCGCGAGGUGAUCAUGGCCGUGUUGCAGUCCUCUCGCGUGCCGUACAACCUGGCUAUUCAUAACGCUGCCAAGGCUGAGAAGGAAGCUGUUGAACUCUACAAAGCAGGUCAAGGAAGACUGGGGACCGACGAAGAAGCUUUUAUCGAUAUUUUAGUCAAAGCUCCACCCGAGUUUCUCAAGUUGAUAGACGCCGUUUAUGUUGCCAAAUAUAAAAACAACAUCGUCAAAGCUGUUGAAAAGGAAUUUAGCGGCGAUGCAAAAAAGAGUCUCAAAUAUUUUAUCUGUUUUACUCUCGACCCGUAUCCCACGAUCGCGGAAUUAUUUGAGAAGACAAUGAAUGGCUUUGAAACGGAUGAAAUGGGGUUGAGCACGACGCUUGUGCGAUUUCAGUCAGUGCUACCCUAUGUAAAGGCUGCAUUCAAGAGAAGAUAUUCUGAAGAGCUUCGUGAUCGAAUCAGCAGGAAAACAAGCGGAGAUUACAGAAAGUUGCUGCUAAAAGUAUUUGAUGCACCUCGCGACCCGCUUGGGAGUAAAAUGACGGAUUCGAGUGGGGUUGAUCUCUAUAUUGAAGAAAGUGUGGCCUACACAGGAGCGAGACAGAAUCAAUUGUCUCAGCGGUCAACUGCGCCUACAUUGAGUGCUAGACAUGAGUCAAGUGCUCCAGCUUACCCUGUGCCGACAGGGCAGCAUUCUCAUAGUCUUUCUUUCCAAACCGCUUCUGCUCAAGCACCAAAUGGACCUAUAACUUCUUCUACAGACCUUGGUGGAAAUUUACCGCAGACAUCGAAUUCGCAUCAUGUGGUCUAUUCCAGUAAAGACGGCUACUCUGGUCAAAGCGCAGAUCACAAACAGACACCCAUUUUUCCAGCAAGUUCUCCAGCUUAUCCUGUGCCGACAGGGCAGCACACUCAUGGUCUACCUUCCCAAGCCGCAUCUGCUCAAGCACCAAAUGGAUUGAUACUAUCCCAAACUUCAUCUACUCACGUUAGUGAAAAUUUAUCGCAGACAUCAAAUUCGCAACAGGUGGUCUCUUCCAGUAAUAGCAGCUACUCUGGUCGAAGCGCAGACCGCAAACAGAUACCUAAUAUUCCAGCAUCCGGUCAUUCUUCGCUUCUGCAGCCGUACGCAAGUGCUAGACAUGAGUCAGGUGCUCCAGCUUACCCUGUGCCAGCAGGGCAGCAUGCUCAUGGUCUUCCUUCUCAAGCUGAUUCUGCUCAAGCAUCAAACCGAUCCAUACCAUCACGAACUUCAUCUACUCACUUUGGUGAAAAUUCAUCGCAGACAUCGAAUUCGCAUCAUGUGGUCAAUUCCAGUAAAAACGACUACUCUGGUCAAAGCGCAGAUCACAAACAGACACCCAAUUUUCCAGCAAGCGCUCCUGCUUACCCUGUGCCGACAGGGCAGUAUACUCAUGGUCUACCUUCCCAAGCCGUUUCUGGUCAAGCACCAAAUGGAUCGAUACUACUUCAAACAUCAUCUACUCACGUUGGUGAAAAUUUAUUGCUGACGUCAAAUUCGCAUCAGGCGGUCUCUUCCAGUAAUAACAGCUACUCUGGUCAAAGCGCAGAUCACAAACAGACACCCAAUUUUCCAGCAUCCGGCCAUUCUUCGCUUCUGCAGCCAAAUUCACUUCCAGGGCAACAAUUUCCUGUCCAACAGUAUCAGCAGCAUCCGUUGCCUGGGCAACAACCUCAAAUCAUGCCGUACCAGCAAUUUUCACCUCAUUAUCAACAGCAUUUACAGCUGCCCCCAGAUCAAACUUAUCAGCAAUACCCGACCUCUGGAGGUCAAAGUCAAUAUUAUCGGCACUAUAGUGUGCCAGAACUUCACCUUCCAGGCCAAUCAUACCAUCAGUAUCCAGUAAGUGGUCUUCAACCUGUAGGUCAGCCGUAUCAGCAGUAUGCGGUACCUGGACAGCAGCACCCUCUUAGCGAACCGUAUCAACAACCAUAUUACCCUACAAGUCAGUAUCAGCAGCAUGGCGGGUCGGCCGUUCACUUGCAGCAAAAUUUGGGUCAAAGUCACCAGCAAUUUACUCCUCAUGGUCAGCAAACGUCGACUCAUUCUCAACAACAGUACACGGGUUAUGGGCAACAGCAAUAUCCUGUGCCGCAACAAUCUGCGCAGCCAUACCAGAAACACAAUGGUCAACCCGAGCAGCUAGGCUAUCCAUCCAUUUACGCUGCUGCACCAACCUUACAGCACCAUAGUGGCCACCCACCCCCGUAUUAG